AGAAAUAUUGCGAAGGAGCCUGUGGAGCAGUAUCAAUCAGAUGCAUUCGGGAUGGAUACCAUAUUUGUGUCGGGAAUACCGAAGGGGCUCGACUGUGCAGCAGCUAGUCUACUUAUAAGAAAACACAUCGGAACAGUUGCCCAAGUGGAAAGAGUUUUUAUACAAAAGGAUAAGGGCAUUGGAUUCGUCACUUUGUACGAUGCAACGUCAGUGGAUACGGUGUUGUCCCUAGAUAACAAAAUAUCGGUCAAUGGGAGCAAUCUGAAGCUAUGCAGACAUCGAAGAGGAGCUGAUCGACAUAAAAUGCAGAAGAACCCUGGGACAUUUCCGGUCAAGAAACCUGAUCCACCAGAUUCAUAUUCGUUUUUGGGCGGAUACAAUACGUACAGUGCUUAUCGCCGAGAUGUACCACAGACGGACGUCCUGUACAAAUACGCCAAACCUGUACCCCCGAGAAGACUACAGAAAAGAAAAAAGUCACGAAAGGGUUCAAGAUGGUCUUCGUCUGUACCAGCGCCAAAAACAGAUGCGCCUGUUGGACGAGUCUGCAAAACGAAGUACCGACGUAAACAAUCGAAUAAAAUUGUGAAUUAUUCUGAGAUAAUAUCACAAUCGUCCCAAUAUGUCUUAGACAAAAGUCAACCUACAGCAAAGCGGCGUCUUAAACUUUCCAAAACAAGAAGACAUAAACAGGAAAAGGAUGCUGUUUCUUUUGAGUCUCUUAUCUUGCCAGCAAAUACACCGGAGAUAAAGAGAAGUGAUGUGCGGCCAGGAUUGGUUCGAGUACAUGUAUACCGUACCCCUAAAUAUCUUUUCAGUAUAAAUGUGGAUAACCACAAUGCGUUUGAGAGUAUUUGUGCUGAAAUUUCAAGUAGCGAUAAAGUACCAUUAGAGUCCCUUCUACUUACGUACCAUGGUAGAUCAAUCACUCGGACAUGGCCUUUGGUUCUGGAAGAAAACUCUAAUAUACAUACUAUUGUGAAAGGAAAUGGUGGAAUGAUGAAAGCCGGGCAUUUAGAUAAAUCGUCCGAAAGUGAGGACAAUCGUGACGAAACAUUAGACCAAAGACACAGAGAUUCCAACGAAUUCUCAAACUGGAAUCUUGGCCAUUCAACAGUUCAUAAGGAAGAAGAAGAGACAAUGCAACAUCCAAAUGAUGAAACAACUGCUAUAGAAACACCGGAUGUCACGGCAACAGCAAAUGUUACUUCUGAAAUGGCACAGGACACUCAAGUAUCCCAGUCAACUAAUCUCAAGGAAAAAACAGAAACACCGGAUAGUACAACAUCAACACAAGACGUGACUUCUUCCAGUGUCCAGGACAAAAAAGUAUCCAAGUCAACAAAAUCCCCUAAAAAAUCAGAUAGUAUGCAGCAUAAAUCACAGAAAGCGUUUUUAUGGAUGUCGUUGAAGGUUUCACAGAUCAACAAACCGAUGCAGCGCUUUGCGUCGUUUGUGGGUUUGAAACUAAAAGGAAAAAACGAAACUGCAGAAACCCCAGAUGAUAACGAACCAGCGCCUGAUGAGACUUCUGCCAUGGUUCAGGACACGCCAUCGUUCCAAUCAACUUAUUACCAAAAAAUGAAAGCUGCAGAAACUCCAGAUGAUAACGAGCCAGCGCCUGAUGUGACGUCUGCCAUGGUUCAGGAGACGUCAACGUCCCAGUCAACUUAUCACCAAGAAAUACAAGGUCAUCAAUUACGGCUUAUCAACAAUUACGGACUACAAAGUUGUUUAUCAGAACCAUUGAUGUUUCACGACAUCAUGUACAUCAAGGAAAAUGACGGCAGUACGGCAAAAACCUCUAAGGAUGUACCAAGAUUACUCCUACGCAACAUUAUGAUGCUUGAUUAUGCAGCAAGAGAAAAUGUUUUAUCUAUGUGUAGCAAUCAUAUGGCUAAACAGCUUUUGAAAUCGUUAAAACAAAAUGAGUCAGAUUCGGAUAGUUCAGAUUGUUCCUUUCCAACUGAAAUACAUACAUCUAUACCAAUAACGUCACAAAAACAAGAUAAUCCAAUAGAUGUUUUUCUAGCCAUAUUUGUAUGUUUACACCCAUCAUUGCAACAGAAAUUAGUGGCUAAAAUGUUUACUUGCCGAUUAGCCAUUCCCCUUAUUUAUCAUAAGUUUAAGUUAAACGGUGCACUUUGGUUUUCUCUGUGGCCAUUUCGAACAAUCACAGUACACGAUGGUACUUCUUUAACAAGUAUUGUUAAUUGUAAGCAAAAAAUAGUUGCGUUCGUAAGACUUGAUCGUCCACCAAUAUCCAAAUCGAAAAUUGCAAAUGCAAUACUGAGAAAAACAGGGGGUCACCAAACAUUUUACAAUAGCGAAUGUUCUAUGGGAUCAAGCGAGAAACACGCUACUCGUGGUCUUAUUGAAGCUUCGUGGUUCCUACCUUCUACAAAAAUACCUUCAAAGUUGAAAGAAGUCACACUUUUCCUUAAUCUAAGAGGCGAUGGGUUUACUAACAAAGAACAACUUUCGUAUUUGAAAUCUAUUUCUCAUGUUCUUAUAGUAGUGAUUGAUAACACUAAAUUGGACGAUGAGAGAGUUCUUCAACUGUUAGAAGGUUCUAGUUCCAAUCUGAUAUUCAUGGUGACAGAAAACAUUACUGAAGAAUUCAAAAAGCAGCUGUGCAAGUACUUCGAAAAAAAACUACGAAAAAAAAUAAUUUCAAUAUUUCAGGUUACAACUGACGGAAACCCGUUAAGUAUAACAGACGUAAGAGAAUAUGUUUUAGAUGAGAUAGUGUUGUUGUUAAAGGAUACAGAGUCUCGUACACUAGCACAGAUUUCUGAAACAGCAGGAAAAAAACAUAUUUGUGUCGACGAGAAAGAAAAGACGUGCACAACGGGCAUGGAAAAUGCAAAAUGUUUAACAGAUAUAUUCAACGAUUCGCCAUCCAUUAAAAAUACAAUCAUACCAUUACAGUCUGACCUUUGGUUGACGUAUUCUAAAAACUUUAAAACAUACAAAAAAGCUAACCACUUGUCUCUUCAGGAAAAAGACGAAAUGCAGAAAGAACUUGUAGAAUUGAAACACCGGCAAUAUGAUACAUACAAACAGGGCAAUAAAUUCAUGGAAUUAUUCAUAAAGCACAUGAUAGAAUCGAAAAUCGAAGAGUUAAUCUUUUUCAUCGACUGGUUGAAAUUUUAUUUCGAUGAAAAAACAUGCGAGAAAAUUCACCCCAAUAAUGCAAUCGGACUACCUACCGGAUCCGACGUUAUAGUCCGAACGUCUAGUAACGCAAUGUUCGGAGUUGAACACAUUUUUCGCGAGUUAGGGCAGAUUUACCUAUCAAAUCAAGACUUAGUAUUUAGAUCGGAGAUUGCUAAAGCAAUGGUAAAAGCCAUUUUACUUGGUUACCCAUUUGAACUUAUGGACGGCGAUGCCGCUAAUGUUCCAAUACCAUGGAUAAAGCAUAUAUUUAAUGAACUAAAGGAAUCAAUAGGAGAUACAAAGGUGCUUACUGUAUCAGUUAUCGGGCUCCAAAGCUCAGGAAAGUCUACUUUACUGAAUGCCAUGUUUGGCAUAUCGUUAGCGGUUAGUGCAGGACGAUGUACUCGAGGAAUCUAUAUGCAACUGUUGCCCGUCAAAAGUCAUAAUUUACCUUUUGAUUAUGUAUUGGUUGUUGACACAGAAGGCCUCCGUUCAAUUCAGGGAAGUGACAACGAUUACCAGCAUGAUAAUGAGUUAGCAACAUUCGUUAUUGGAAUCGCAGACAUAGCAAUUAUCAACAUAAAGGGUGAAAACACCAGUGAGGUUAGAGAUAUCCUACAAAUUUGUGUUCAUGCAUUCUUAAGAUUACAAAUAGCCAAUGAAAAACUUAAACUAAGACAGUCCUGCAUCUGCAUACAUCAAAAUGUACCUGCAGUCGAUGCACAGGAGUCCUUGAGAAGUGAACGUGAGAAAUUUAAUAACAUUUUAGAUAAAAUGACCCAUGAGGCGGCAAAAGAAGAAAAUGACAACCAUGUAAAGUGUUUCAAUGACGUUAUUGAAUUUGACAGCGAGAACGAUAUUUGGUAUUUCUCAGACAUAUGGGAAGGGGAACCUCCUAUGGCUCCUGCCAAUCCAGGAUAUCACUCGGAUGUUGAAAAAGUAAGGAGUGCCAUGUUCGACAAACUAGCCAAAGAAAAAGACAAAUCUAAGUAUACUUACCGAUCCUUGACAGAAACGUUUGAGCAUCUGGAUGCUCUUUGGACUGGUAUAUUAGCGAAUGAUUUUGUGUUUUUCUUUAAAAACAGUCUAGAAAUAAAAGCAUACAACGCACUUUAUAAAAAAAUACAACGCCAUGAAUGGGAUCUUGAAUGCUUCGCCAGUACUUUGAUUGCCGACUCUUUUAAUGACAUACAGAAAUGCACUUCUAUCAACGACAUACAGAAUGUACUGGAUGAAAAAGAACGUUUAUUCGAUGAAAGGAAAAGUAUUUGUACUGCAGAGAUACAAAAAUAUUUUAAAGAAAAUGAACAUGCUGAAAUAAUUGCGAAAUGGAAAGAUGGGAAAUUAUGUUCCUGGCAACAGGAAGUCGCAUUGGUCAGAACCAAACUUACAGACGAACUUAAAGAUAAUCGGGAUCACUGCCGAGUCGAUAGGGAAAACGAUCAAUUAUUCGAAAAGCGCAGAACAGAAAUAACAGAAAAGGCCAAUAGACUAGCCAGACAAAUGAAAGAAAAAAUGCCCACAAAAACGGAAAUAGAAUCGAAAUUUGGGUGUAUGUGGUCCACAUGGUUUGAUAAUCUUAAUGAGAAAAGGGAACGACCGCCAGAUAUAGAGAAAAGCUUAAUUCAUAUUCUUAAACAAUUUUGUUUUCCAAAUAAAUUAGAUUUGGUAACAAAAGAGUUAAGCUUUCUUUGUAUUGGUUGCCUACCAGAACAUAAGUUAGCGAUGGUUGAACUUCCUACUUCUGGCUAUUUACAGUAUCCAUGGAAAAUAGAUAAUUCAUUCUUUGGCAAUAUCCAAAAAUGUAUUAGCGUCAAACGUAUGUUCACACUUACCAAUAAAACACAUUAUCUACCGAAUGUCAUAGAUAUUACAAAUAGUAUAUUACGAGAAAUAAAAGUACUUUUAAACGAUUUGUCGGAAACAAAAUGGAAAUACAAUGACACAAAAGCCAAAGAUAUUGGAAAUCGCAUCGAAGAACGUGUUGAGAGAAUCAACUCAGAUCCUUCAACAAAAUUUAGUCUACUUGCACCUUACACAAUUAAACUGACAGUGCACAUAUUUAGACAUGCGAUACCAAUUUUUCAAAAGCUCGACUCAGAUUACCGAGCCCAUCAUGGCAUACAGGCAAAGAUGAAAAGGGUAAAAUCGCAAAUAUUGGGACAUUUCCGAGAUAUUGUUACAAAGGCAUCAGUUGAAGAAAUUGCAAGAAAUAGGUUUUGUGAAGUUAUUUUAGAACAUGUGGAACAACAUGUUAGGCGUGAAAUUCCUAGGAUUAUAUACGAGGAUAUCGUAGAAUAUUUUGAUGUCUGUAAACAGGAGUUGAUGAAACAUAUCAUGAAACGCCUUGCACAGGAAGAGAUAUUUCAAUCGAUAAUUCAUUACAUAGAAGAUCCUUACACAUCUUCAUUUGAAUUUUUGAAAAUAUCAAUGAAUGAACGGUGGUUUGGUAGCAAUACGAAUUCUAAAUAUAUUGAUAAAGUCUCUGAGAUAGUAAACAAAUUAAUUAAUCAAGUGACAACCAUCGCUUCCGAGUGCCAAGCAUCGUCCUUGGAGCUUUGGUUAAAACAAGUCAUAUAUACAUUACAGGAUACACUGCCAGUGAAGUUGGAAAAUAUGUCUCUGGUACAGGAACAAGCCAUCGUUGAUAUUGACAGCUUCAAACAAACUCUUGGGGAACAAUUAAUUAGAACAUGUGAGAGAAUCAAAGAGAUAUUUCGACUUGACGAAAACACUGUUAGAUGGGAUGGCGAAACACCUUAUGACAAAGCAAUGAAAAAAAUAUGGGGAUGCAAAGGAACAUGUCCGUUUUGUAACGAGCCGUGCAAAAUAGAUCGCAUUCAUGAUGGUUCACCGCACGAAUGUAUACAGCACAGAGCUUUAGGGGUAAACGGUUGGCGAAGCAAAGAAAGCAGAUGUCUUGUUAUAGAGAGCUGUUCUUUUAAUGUGCAGACAAAAACGAGAUUUACAUGUGGUAGUGGUAGGCUUUGUAAGCGCGAAUCAGACAAAUGCACAAUAGAUGGGACAACUGAUGAGUCUCAUCCCUACAGGGACUAUGAAAAGUACGCCCCAGACUGGAAAAUUGAUCCCUGCGUCGAUAUAUCCUCAUCCAUGUAUUGGGCGUGGGUGCUGUGCAAAUACAAUAAAGACAUUGCUGAACACUACCGAGUAAAAGAGGCUGACAUUCCUAAUUCAUGGACAAUAUUAACAAAUAAUGAUGCAAUUGAAAGCUUAUUUGAACGACAAAGUCUCCUAGAAAUUUUGGAAAGUAAGAAAAAACUUUAAUGAAACGCUGAGCGCAAUAACCUACAAUUUUUACAAUAAUCAUUGCGACAACGACACUUACUGUUACAUGAUUUUGCAAAACAGUUUUUAAAGCACCGGACCGUAAACAUUUUAAUAGCGUACUAUGAAGUUUUUACCAUUUGUGUUUUACGCUGUAUGUAUGCAGGCUACAUUCGUCUAGUGCAACUCAUCGAAACUGCACAUUUGAUUGUUAGAUUCUACACUGAAACUGUAUACAAUGUAGAUACUGCAUGCACAAAGGUGUGUUGGAAUUUGCUUGUAUUCGUUUUAUGUCUUGAUGGGUUCGGGGGAUAGGAUUUACAUACAGGUAUGUAUAAAAACAUUGGUCUUGAGUAUAUCAAAAUAUAAAUAGAUUUUGAACGCUCAACAAUUUAAUGUAUUUACUCUCUCUAAAUGUGCGUUUUACCAGAUUUUAUGUAUUUAAUAUAUAUCGACUGCAUGUACAUUACAAACAAAAAAUAAUAAUUGUCAUUAAUUGUCAUUUCCU